UUGUGCGUUCCCGCGUUUACUGCAGCUCUCCACAGCGUCGCCUUCUUGUUUUUGUGUGGUGACCAACCCAGAAACGGGAGGAAGGGAAGAGCUGGGAGCACUCUCAAUGCAGGCUCCAGUCAAAGGCCAAGAAAUGGAGGUGGCGGACCUGGACGAAGCUCAGAGCAAGAAAGUUUUCAGAGCAAGAAAAACCAUGAAAAUAAGCGACCGACAACAGCUGGAAUCCAUCCAUAACUCCCACUCCUCCUCGGCCCUCUCCUCUUCCACCGGCGCUACCUCCUCCUCCACGCCCCCGCCCGCCGUAGUGAACGGGAAAGACCCGGAGGAGGAGCAGACGGCGGGAGAGAGCCACACAGACACAAACCCGAAAGAGACGCGCCCUACCCCGCCUGCCUCUCGCACCCCGUCUCCCCUCACGCUCUCCCUCUCUCUGUCCCCCUCCCCGCCUUCCCAGUCUCCUCAGCUGCCGUCCGGCAGUAACGCCUGCUUGUCCCCAGCGCACUCUCCCAAAAGUGCGGGGAACGAGAGUGACAGAGAGGAGGGAGAUGGCGAAGGGGAAAAGGAGAGGCCCUCCGUGGCAGAGGGAGUGAAGACAGCAGAUGAGAAGAUGGAAGGAGGAGAGGUGAAAGAGAAGGAAGAUAGUGCUGGACCACAAGUAGAAGAUAAAGAGGAUGAAAACCCCAAGCCUGAUGGUGAUGUUUCAUCACCCUUGGAUUCCCCUCAUGACCCCACCAUCUCUCCUGCUUCUCCCAUGGCUUUGGAGACCAAGGACGAGGAGAGCAAGACAGAGACUGGCAAAAGGACAGAAUCUGAGGAGGCGGUGGCCAUGGAUACAGACCCCGCCCCCAUGGAGAUCGAGGCCCUUGAAGACAAGUCCAUCCCUGCCACUGACAUGGUUUCCUCCUCCUCUCCCUCUCCUUCCCCGUCCCAUGCACCCGAGUCUGACCUGGAAGUGAAAGAGGGAUUUCUGGUCCUUAGUGAAGAAGAUGAGAACCAAGGCGAGAAGGAUGAAGAAAAGGAGAAGCAAGAAGUGAAAGAAAUUGAGAGUGGAGAGGAGAUGGAUGUGGAUAUGAAGAAGGAUGAAGAGAAAGAGCAUGUCAGUGAUACUGCUCCCCCUUCUCCCACUUCAUCCCCUGCCACUCCUCCUACAGGUGACCCAGAAGCAGACACGGGCCACAGCACCCUCUCUGGGAAGAAGCGUACACUGUGUGCAGACUUGGAAGUGGACAGAGAGAACAAGGGAGAAGAAGUAGUGAGAGAGGGGAAGAGGCAGAAGGUGGAAGGGGAGGAGUUGGAGGCGCAGCUGGAGUUGAAGAUCAGAGCCGACACCAGCAGUCGACACAAGCUGGAGAAGGUCGUGCAGCAGCUGGUGGAGGAGCAGCUGCGGGUCUUGCAGCUGAGUGUCUUCGACAGGAGUUUGCAGGAGCUGAGAGAGAGAGUGGAGAAGAUCGACUGCGCCACAAAGCACCAGCAAACCCUCAACUCACUGCAGGCUAAGAUUGCUCGACUGGCCAAGAAAUUUGGGGCUGCUAAUCAGACCAAGGAGAAUAUCAGGAAACCUCUGGAGGGAACCUUACUUACACCUACUAUGACUACACCCACCUCCACUGCGAGCACCACCUCCACCUUCCGGUCUGUCAGAACAACAAUGGAUUCCAAGCAAAGUAAUCAGAGCCCAGCUACUCGCUCUCUUAGUUCCACUGCCUCUCCAGCUCAGCCCAAGCCCCUGUCGACCCCCGCCCCUCCGGCCUCCUCUCCCCUGGUCUCGGCCUCUGUCCCGCUGCUCAUCACCACCACCACCACCACCACCACCGCCGCAGCGGGGGCCGCCUCCGACGCCACGUCUUCCGUCUCCGGCCUGGCGCCCGUCGCUUCCCAAAACCAGACGGGGACCCUGCUGCUCAAAACCUCCCUCGGCAACGGCGCCGUCGCUCAGAGCCCCGCCCCCGCGUCGGCCCCGCAGCCCGUUUCCCUGCAGCCCCUGCUCAUCCAGCUGCCCCUCGCCGGGUCCGUCGUGACCGGCCACGGCGCCGGCGUCGAGCUCGUCCCCGUCUCGUCCCUGGGCGCCAACGUGAGCACGCUCAGCAAAGCCAAAACCACCACCGCCGCUACCUUCAUCCUCCAGAAGGGCUCCCCUUCCUCCUCGGCCCCGUCGCUGCCCUCUGCCCCGGCCCUCCCCCAGAUCACGAUCGCCCGGGCCGUGUACCCGGGGGGCGGCGGCACAGUGAGCGUGCCCAGUUCGGGGGUGUCGGUCUCCACCGCCCGUACCCCGACGCAGUGCGCCUCUGUGGCGGGGUUUACCUCGUCCUCCUCGCUCCCCGUGUCUUCAGCACCCGCGGCGACGGGAGGCCUGGCCGCCUCGGCCCCGCCUUCGGCCACCGUGAUGGCUUCCAAAACAGAUAAUCAGGCCACAAACUCUGCUGCAAGCAAGCCACCUGUACAGGUAUCUCGAGCCAGCAGUUCACGGGCAGUUAUAGACCUGACUGAGGAUGAUGAUGACGUACAAGUGACUGGGGUACAGAGGGCUCCGGUGCAGUCUGGCCUCAAUGCAGCUUCAUCUGUUUCCCCGGCAACCCAGCGCAGUACCGGGGCUCCUCCCCCUCUCAUAAGCUCCAGCACCGCACUCGGCCCCGCGACCGGUUCCACGAUGAGAUCCUCUCCACUGGGUGGCCUGCACUCGGUGAAUGGACCACCACUCACCAUUCCCUAUCGCUCCCCACAGAACUCUCCGUCGAAGGUCCGCCCGGCCAAUCCCAACCCUUCCCCCCAGCAGCUGCCCCCCUUGCCCUCCCCGCCGCCGGCGCCCGUCCGCCUGCCCCCCGAGGCGGCGCACACCUCCCUCCCCCAGCAGCCCCAGCUCAAGCUGACCCGCGUGCAGAACCAGAACGGCAUCGUGCUGUCCUGGUGCGUGGAGGAGCCGGACCGCGGCUGCGCCGCCGUGGACAGCUACCACCUGUACGCCUACCACCGCGACCAGGCGGCCGCCGCGCCGCAGCCGCACUGGAAGAAGAUCGGCGAGGUGAAGGCGCUCCCGUUGCCCAUGGCCUGCACCCUCACCCAGUUCGUCUCGGGCUCCACGUACUACUUCGCCGUCUGCGCCCGCGACAUCUACAGCCGCUUCGGGCCGUUCUGCGAGCCCCAGUGCACCGACGUCGUCGGCUCGUCCUCCGGCUGAGGCGCCCGCCGAAGCGCGGACCCGGGAGUCCCGGGAGACCCGGGAGCUGGCCCGGCUGGAAGCUAAAAAAAAAAAGGCGUCAAGUGCGGUGCCUGCGCCAGCUACUGUGCGUCGGCUCAAACUCAGGAAAUACAUUCUGUUGGUCCGCCAAGCACUUAUAAAGCGGUAUUUUUUAAGGGGUGGCACUGAUCCAAGCAUUUGGAAUGACCAUGUCUCCCUGAGGCUAAUUUGGGGGGGGGGGGGGGGUGAUGUGAAUAUUGCCCUGAAAAGUUCAGUCUGAUUUCAAGUGUUGAAACUACAUGUUCAGUGGCAGGUACGGAUACAAAAUCCCCGGAUGCUGUUUUUACAAAAAGAAGAAUAAGAUUAAGGAAAUCAAAGGAUUGAUGACUUGAUGAAUGAGACAAACUGGUGCUAAGACUGACAGCUUUACACAUUUAGGACUGAAUGUACAGUGCAAAAAUAGACAAAUACAGUGAUGCUACGCAAAAUAUACAAACACACUCUCUCCCUCUGUUAUUCUUGAUUCAAGACUACUCUUUGUGGAAGAGAUACAUAGGACUGAUUGCUGUUUUGCAACAGAAUAAUACGAUUUAAAAUAUGGGUAACUGGCAGGUCGGUUAUUUAUGUAGCUUCUUCAGUUUCCUUGAACUUUGUGUGUUUAUAUAAGAUAAAUAAAUGAAACCAAAAAUUUGUAAAGAAAAAAAAUGCAAGUUUGCAAAAAGGAACAUUUGUUACGGUAAGAAAUUGAAAAGAUAAAACUGAACGGACUAAUUUUGUAUGUUUUGUCUGGUACCCAGACUUUAUUGGAUAGAGAAAUUUAAAUAAAGUUACGUUUUUCUUUUC